AUGGGCCUCCGGACCACUCCGCAGGCCAGGUGCCACGCCCUCACCCUGCUCGUCCUGACUGCCGCCGGGGUGUAUGCUACCGGCCUGCUGAUGCUCAGACCCAGGGGUCGAGCCUGCCCCUCGACCGGGCCCCCACACCAGGCCCUCGGCCCGGAAUUGGUGGUCAUGAGCGAGGAGGGCAUCGCCAGGGUCAUGGCCGGCCCCCGGGUCCCCCAGCCCCUGGAGCCCCUCCUGGCGGCCUUUGCGCACAACAUCUCCCUGCCCAGCGCGUUCCUGGCGCGCGGGGUGGUGAGCGCGGGCUCGCACGCCGCCGCCGCCCGCGCCCUGAGCCCGCUGCUGGCCGGACGGCCGCUCAGCGUGGGCGUGCUGGGGGGCAGCCUGACCUUUGGCCGCGGGGCGACGACGAGGGGCAAGACCGACUGGGCGCCCCUGGUCUUCGACUGGGUGCGCAGGGCCUUCCCCGGCACCCAGCACGAGCUCAGGAACGGCGCGAUCCCGGCCGCCCCCAGCGAGUGGGCCUCCUUCUGCAUGCACGAGCACCUGCCCCCGGCCCCAGACGUCGUGCUGGUGGAGUACAUCAUCAACGACAUGACGGUGCCCUGGGAGCACGCCCACCGCCGCAGCUACGAGCGCCUGCUGCGCCGCCUGCUGCAGCUGCCCACUCGGCCGCUGGUCGUCCCUGUCAUGCUCUUCAAUUACCAUCCACACCAGCACAAGGGCGUGUUCCACCACACCCCAGAGAACGAUGUGGGGACCUUGUCGCUGUACUAUGACCUGCCGUGGCUCAGCAUGCGCGGCAUGCUGUACCACCCCAUCAAGACCGGCGCUGUCAAAAAGUCGGACGUGAUGAUGGGCGACUCCCUGCACCUGAUCAACAAGGGGCAUCGUGCGGUGGCAGACCUGGUCAUCCACUUCCUGAGGAUGGAGGCGGCGCGCGCCGCGCUGGGCCGGCGGCACGUGACCCUGGGAGGGGACGACGGCGCCCUUCCCGCCCCCAUGCUCCCGAACUUGGUGGAGCUGCCCGCCGAGUACUGCGCCCAGGGCGAGAGGUUCCGACGCGACGUGGCUCGCAACGCCACCGGCGGCUUCUGGUGGAAGGGCAAGGGGGAUGAGAUGCGGGCUGUGACGCAGAACCCCAAUGCCACCCUGGACAUUCACGUGGACGCCUCGGUGACGGCGCCGGGGUCAAACCGCACGGCGGUGCUCCUCUUCACGGCCAAGAGCCACGACAAGAUCGGGAACGCAGAGGCGAGCUGCAUCUCGGGGUGCUCCUGCGACCCCAUCCCCCUCAAUGGCACUAUCCCACACCUCUUUGCGACCCAAGAGCACCUCGACCUGCUCCUGGUGACACCCUCCCCAGAAUGUGUGCUGCGCGUGAGGACGACAGGGAGGACCGACUCCAACGGGCGCGAGGUGCGGGUGAGGGGCGUGGUCGUCAGCGCGGCGGCGGGCCUGCACGUCCCGGAGGAAUUCUACUGGGGGGAAGAGAUGCAGUACGGACCAUCCACCGCCCCCCCGGUCUAUGGCUAG